AUGAGAGGUGAUGCUUGCUCUCUCUUGACAUGGUUGCUUGCCUUCGAUCAGAAAGAGAGGAAGAAGAUAGAAGCAUGGGUGGCUUUAGUAUAUUUUCAGCAACUUGACGAAAGCUUCGUCAGGCUCCUGGGUUGCACGACAGAAGGGAAAAUGGGAAGAGAUGGAGGAGUAAGGCUCGAAAUUGCAGAGGCAGAAGCUGAGGAGAAUGUGGAGGAAUUUGAAAGGGAAGACAGAAAGCAUUUGCUGCCAAUCAACAGCUUUCUUGCCGCCGACGAUCGCAUCAAGUUAACUCUUGUUUCCAUUAGAGAUGGACUCACCCUCUGCAGGCGUCUCUAUUAG